CUUGAAACUUGGGAGCAUGAUGUUAUUACUAGUGUCCUGAAGGUGACACUCAGGGUGCGUGUUGCUGAGAAGAGUGGCUUUGAAACUGUCUGGUUGAAGCAACUCGCGGAUGACAUGGCUUCAGAGGGAACUGCGCCUUCGCGGCUUUCCGUAGAUAUCUUGGACCAGCUUUUGAUUUCUCGAUUAGAGAUUGAUCCCCAAACUAUGACAGACGAUUUGGACUUUCUUCCCGUACUGGCCUCCCUCCCCGCUCAGCAAACUAUCUUCGAAUUUCUUGUCGGGUGUUGGAAGCGUUUGAACGCGACGAGGUCCGCGUUCCUGAAGAAGAAUUACCCCCCAGUGGACACGCAGAAGGGACUUGAUCGCCUGGAGAAAAUCCGUGAACUUCUUAUCAGCUACGCGGGGUUCUCCCUGCAGGAGCCAGAUAUGUUUCCCCAACCAUCAGGACGACCCCUCGGUCCACCGGAGCUUGUUCAACCACUUCUUUCCCUCUCAGCUCUCUCAGCCCCCCUCCUUUCCAGCCCUACGUCUAAUCCGAAUUCUCUAUCCCCUUCCGAUGUUGAGCAAUUCCUGCAGGACGUCGCGCGCCGUUUCGAACCCGAUAAUGAGAUCGACGGUAUUCUCGGUCCUGUCGUUCGCGAGUUGCUUUUCCACGAAUCACUCUUCAGGCCGGAAGGUCUCGGUGGAGGCGACGCGAUCUGGCGAGGAGUUGUAAGCGGAUUAGAGGUCUUAGUGUCAAUCAAAACCAUUGCUGUUAUGGUCACAAGAAUGCCUGAGUGGAAUCCCAUUGCAACGGCUCCUGUUUUUGAACGUGUCUCGUUGCUCGGGCCAUUGUGCAGGCUGGGCGUCUUUUCUGCUGAAUGGCCAGGAAUUGGACAGGCAUACUUUUCUGAUCCCGAGAAACGAACCAGAGACGAUAUCGAAUCAUCCUUUGCAAGUUUGAGGGGAACACUCAAAAGCUUGCAGUCUUCCUUAUUCCAAGUCUUUAACACGUUGGUGAGAGCGUCGGCAGAGUCACGGGAAGCCGUUCUCCAGUACUUUGCACGCGUGAUUGCACUGAAUGUGAAGCGUGCAGGAAUGCAGGUCGAUCCAAAUACCGUCUCGUCUGAUAGCUUCAUGGUGAAUAUACAAAGCAUCCUGUAUCGUUUUGCAGAGCCAUUCAUGGAUGCAAACUAUACCAAAAUGGACCGCAUCGACCCCCUGUUCUAUGCACAGUCAUCGCGUAUUGAUUUGAAGGAAGAGACAAGAAUUAAAGCGACAAGCGAAGAAGCAAACCAAUGGUCUGAAGAGAACAGAAAACCCGAUGCCCCACCUCCGAACUUCAUCUCCAACAUCUUCUUUAUUUCAAUCGCCAUGAGUCACUAUGGCUAUCUAAAAACCAUUCAAACAUACAAUGGGCUGGCAAAGCACGUUGAGGACAUUCAAAGGCAUCUCGAGAUGUUGAACAGCGAUGGAUCGUGGAUGGGUACUCCCAUGCAAGCUCGCACGGAGGCAGCGAUCAAACACGUAAAGAACGAGCAGGCGAAAAUUAAGAUGCAGCAACUCUCAUUUGAGGCCGGCUUGCUUGAUCCUGAACUCGUUUUUCGAUCGAUCGGAUUCACGAAUUUCUUGUCAACUUGGUUAAUAAGGCAAGCAGAUCCGAAGAAGGCACAUCCUAAUCCAACUGUCGAGCUACCUCUUCCCAAGGAAGUACCUAUGUCUUUCAGAGUGCUCCCAGAAUACAUCGUGGAGGACAUCGUCGAUUAUCUUUACUUCGCUGUGCAGUCAUCCCCAGACAAAUUUGAACUGUCAGGGAAGAUUGAGCUAUUGACCUUUGUCCUGACAUUCCUCACUUCGACUUGGUACAUCAAGAAUCCGUUCCUCAAAUCCAAAAUCAACGAUGUUCUUUUCAUGAGCAUCUGGGGUUAUGGACGCGAAAGGAACGGCAUCCUUGGAAAUCUCCUGAACACUCAUCCGAUGGCACUCAAGUAUCUCAUGCCCGCGCUGAUGCAUUUCUACAUUGAGGUGGAACAAACUGGCGCAAGCUCUCAGUUUUAUGACAAAUUCAGUGCACGGAACAUCUCUUACAUCCUGAAAGUGGUAUGGAACAACCCUACCCACAGACAGGCACUAAACCUCGAGGCUUUAAAUGUCGACAAGUUCGUUCGCUUUGUGAAUCUUAUGAUCAACGACGUGACGUACCUCAUGGACGAAUCUUUGAGCGAGCUUACCCAAAUCCACAACAUUCAAGUUGAAAUGGAUGACAAGGAAACUUGGGAUGCCAAGCCCGUUGAGUACAGGCGGGAACGUGAAAGCACUUUGCGGUCACUGGAACGCCAUGCUUCAGGAUAUACAACACUUGGAAGAUCUACCGUCGAGCUGCUCAAAGUGUUUACGGCGGAAACUAAGGGACCGUUUAUGAUGCCGGAAAUCGUCGAUCGUCUUGCAGCGAUGUUGGACUACAACCUACAAGCCCUCGCUGGACCUCGGUGUCAAGAACUGAAAGUCCGUGAACCGGAAAAGCUUAAAUUCGACCCUAAAGCCUUGUUGACGGAUAUCAUACAAGUAUUCUUGAACUUGAGUGACCAGAAAGAAUUCAUCCAGGCUGUAGCUGGUGAUGGUCGAAGUUACACCAAGGAGUUGUUUGAUCGAGCUGAGGGUAUCGCUAUCAGAAAGGGGCUGAAAACGGAGACUGAACUUGAAAGCUUGCGAAUCUUUGUUGCCAAGGUCGAGGAGGCGAAGGCAACAAUAGAGGCAGAGGAAGACCUAGGGGAUGUCCCAGAUGAGUUCCUAGACCCACUUAUGUUCACUGUCAUGAGGGAUCCUGUACUGCUACCCUCGUCCAAGACCAUCCUUGACCGUGCUACGAUCAAGUCACAUUUAUUAUCAGAUUCCAAAGAUCCUUUCAACAGAGCACCACUGUCAAUCGAGGAUGUUGUUUCAGUGCCGGAACUCAAACAACGCAUCGACACGUUCUUGUUGGAAAGGCAAUUAAAGGGUAAGAUUCCUCCCGAGACGACGGUGCACAUGGACACGACUACGUAG